UCAGGAAUUCCUGGCAGCUGUCAUUUCUCCUGGCGAGCCAGAUUUGAUGGCCAUUGAACCUGGAGGAAACGGCGUGGAAGAAUGUCCGCGAAUCGCGCAACCAUCCUUUCCGGAGUUCGUCGUUGACGACGACUUCGUCAGGCGGCCUGAGCUGUAGUUUCUGAGCCGAACUGUAUCCCUCAUGGACGCUGUGUCCUUACGAUUCGCGAUGCCACACUUGAGCUCGUAAGCUCGGACUUCAAAGGUAUAUGUGUUGAUUUAGUCACCAGUUUUGUAUCUUCUCGUGUUGGUAUUUUCGCAGCCGUCUAUGUGUUGGUAUUUUUCUUCUGUCCGUUCUCUCACCUCUCGCUGGCAGCGUCCUAGCAUUCUUCGCGUUUGGCUCUCGUCGUCCCAGUCGCCGCACUCUUCAGUAUUCCCUCGGUCCGCUUGCUAAGAAACAUCCAUCGCCAUGGCUGGUGCGAUCCCCACACGCUCCGGCUCCAGCUUCCAAAUCUUCACCCUCGCUCCCCGCCCUCUGUCACUCUCCCUCCCCCUCGUCCUCUCCCUCUCGAUCGUUCUCUCUCUCCUCGGCGCCACGUCAGCACAGACGGGAGUGGUUCCGAUGACAAUUAUCCCCCAGAACUCGGUGUCCACGUGGUCCAUUCAGAAGCUGUCAGGUGUCACGGCCAACACGUCACCGCCGUCGUUCCGUGAGCUGGGCCCCGUGGUGCUCAACAUCUCGCAGGCGGACAGCAAGACGUUCCAACCCACCGAGGUAGUCUGGCAGUCGUCCAACAUCAGCACUGAUCCUGCCACGUGGACUGCUGUGCUGACAUCAGCUGUCAGCAAAUCCAGCAUCGCCAAUCUGACCAUGCAGAACCCCCAGAUAUGGAUCUACGGAGGCAAGUUCGACAUGAAGAACCUCAACUACUCGUUCAAACCAGACAACGCAGUGCUGCUGGUGCAGAGCGUCACCGGCACGCUGCUGGGCACCAACGUCAACAGCCAGAACCUGCAAGUGCCCAUCGACCCAGAUGACAUGCCCACCCUCAACGGCCAGCUCAUCGCCCGGGGGCCGCAAUAUGAGCUGCUGUCAAGUGGCGUUUUUGAAAUUCCUCUCAGCGGUCUGAUCGUGGCAGCAGGAGGCGGCGAGCAGGCGGGAGGGCUGGUGGGGGACAGCUUUCUGCAGCUCGACAUGACCUUGCAGGCCAUUGGCCCGCCUGGCCGCGGCCCCCGCCCUCCCUUCCGUGCUCCCCCUCGCGCCCCCCGGCGUGCUAGAUAGUAAGGUUCUGCUUGUCUUCAGAAGCCUAAGACCUUUUGCGUGCCAGAGUGACCGAGCAGGGUUUAUGAUCAGCCAGGGGAGUAGGGAGUUGGGUCUUGCUGAAAUUUACAUGUGAUGUAUGGUAAUGUGAAUAUAAAAGCAGUCUUUUU